UGGAUUGUUGCUUGAGACUUUCCUUUCCUUUUCCUUUAGUUGUUUUCUACUUCAUCUUUUAGAUUUUGCUGAUGACAAGGAAGGAUGAGAAAGUGGGCAAUGUGGGGAGAGGACGGUGUUUGGUCAACCACUAGAUGACAGCAACAACGCACUUUCUCUUGCUCAGAUCAGACUUUGCAAGCAGGACACCAUGGGCAUCAGGGAGGAACUGCAGAGCCGUCGGUUCUGGUGUAGCCUAUUGGCGGAAGCCACAGGCACCCUCAUCUUUGUCUGGAUAGUGCUGGGUGCCUCAUCCCCUGCUGGUCCCAAAGAAGUGCUGCCUCCUCCACUCCAGCCAGCCCUUGCAGCAGGAUUGGUAGCUAUUAGUGUGGCACACUGUUUCGGUAAGAUCAGUGGUGCCCAAGUCAACCCCGCCCUCACCAUGGCCUUCCUGUGCACUCGUAAACUGGAUGCUCUGCAUGCCUCGAGCUACAUCCUGGCCCAGUGUCUGGGUGCCAUCAUAGCAUCGGGGGUCUUUUAUCUCGUGUUGCCCACCUCAGCCAUUGGGCAAUUGGUCACAAAGGUCAGCGCUGAGGGGAAUGCAGGACAGGCUCUGGGGAUGGAGGCGUUUUCCACUUUCCAGCUGGCUCUUACAAUUUUUGCGGUAGAAGAUCACUGGAGGCAUGAACUAAGGGAGCCUGCGGGGGUCUUGGCUAUUGGUUUCUCUGUGAUAGCAGGAGCUCUCGCUGCGGGUACCUUCUCUGGAGGCAGUAUGAAUCCAGCCCGAUCCUUGGGUCCAGCUGUCAUCACAGGAUUCUGGGAACAUCACUGGGUGUAUUGGCUUGGCCCUAUUCUGGGUGCUGUUGCGGCUGGAGUCUCCUAUGAAUUCUUCUUUGCUGACAGUGCUUCACGGGAAAAGCUUGUUGCCUGCCUGACCUGUCGUGACAUUGAAAUUGUGGAGGUGGCCAGCAUGUCUCGGUCUUCACUCUCUGCUGCUGUUCAGGCUAAACCACCUGACAGGGAAGAACAUGGCACCGAGUAGGAAGCAACAGCAAUUUCCCAUCUCUUUGUCUUCUUGUAAAGCCCUCUGUUCAGCUUCCAGCUUCCUUCCAUCUUAUCCAGCUUCCUAUAUAUUUGCAUGUGUACCGGCAUUAAGUUGAGACUGAGAUUGGAGCUCUUAAAGCACAGCACAGCCAUCAUGACUCUGCUAGAACUCUCUAAUUCUGUUCACAGUUUACAGCAUAAGUAGAAUCAAAUAGAGUAAUCCAAGGAAGGAUAGAAACCAGGAUUCCUGGAUUCUCAUUGUUUCUAGAUGGGACCUAAAGCAUGGGUCCCCAACAUGAUGCUCAUUGGCUUCAGUAUA